CAACCUCUCAGCUUUUCCAUUGGUAAAUGUGUAGUAACUAGACAACGGUGGUCUGGUCACCGGAAGCUCCGGAUCGAAUCACCUGAGCGGGCAAUCUGUAGCAGCGAGACGAUCCACGAUCCUAUGGCAGCGCCUCCGCCCCUGCCGGCACCACCACCGCCGGAGCCCAGCGGAGGCGUCGUAGCCCCGGUGGCGGUGGUGGCCCCGCAUUUCUGCGCGCCCUACGUGGUGCAGCUGUUGGUGAAGGAGAGAUUCAGCCUCCGGGAGGGCGACUUCACCAUCACCGACACUAAUGGCGCCGUCGUGAUCACAGUCAAGGGCGCCUUGAUCAGCAUCCACAACCGUCGCCUCCUCCUCGAUGCCGCCGGCAAUCCCCUCCUCUCUCUGCGGGAGAAGGUAAUUAGCAUGCACAACACAUGGGAAGCGUAUAGAGGGGAUAGCACGAGAUCAAGCGACUUGCUCUUCACUGCCAAGAAAUCUUCAAUCCUCCAACUGUUCAAAACAGAGAUGUAUAUCUACCUGGCUUCCAACACUUCACAUGAGGUCUGCGAUUUCAUGAUGAAGGGUAGCUUCAAUGAGAGAUCAUGCUCUUUCUAUCUUGGUAACUCCAACAUUUUGAUUGCUAAAAUGCACCGUGAGCAUACCGCCACAAGCAUGGUGUUGGGAACAGACUGUUUCAGUCUCACCGUAUUUCCAAAUGUCGACUACGUGUUCAUUGCGGCGCUUGUUGUGAUUCUGCAGGAGAUUCACACGGAUAAAAAUGACUGAUGAGUCCUAGCUACCUUCCAUUGAGUUGCGCAGGUGUCAUAUAGUCUUAUCUUUUUGUUCUCCCUAGUGUAAUGUUAUUGAGGAUUGCAUAGACAAAUAAUACUAAUAUCAAACUUGUUUACUUAAUUAUGAUG